AUGUUUCGCAAGGAGGAUAUGUUUACGACACCCCAAGAGCGACAGAAGAAAAAGUUGCGCUUUCGGGGCGAUUUAGCGGCGCACUAUGGCUUCAAUCGUGAUUCCGUCGGUUCCGGGCUGAAUGGAACGUCUGGUAAUAAUCGAAUUGAAGAACUUUCGUCUGACGAUGAUAGCAAACGUUUGCAGAAUGGAGAGCCAGUGGCGGAGCACGGAGAACGGGGCAGCCUGUACGAUUUCGUUCGCAUUGAGCUGACCAGAGGCUACGUGCUGGAGCACGACGAAGAACGCUAUUCCGCGCGACGUGAGAAAAUAUACUCCUUCCUAAAAAUACCACGAGAGCUAGAGAGCUUCAUGCUGUACGGUGUGCUACAGUGUGCCGACUCGUUUCUGUAUAUCUACACUUUUCUACCUAUAAGAUAUCUGCUCGCCCUGUGGGCACUGAUAAGUCGGCCUAUCGCUCGCUGUCUCGGGUUACGCCGUCCAUCGCAAAGGCUCCUGGCUCCGGCGGAAAUUUGCGACCUGCUCAAAGGCACGAUAUGGAUUAUCUGCAGCUACACGCUGCUGUACGUGGACACCAACAUGCUGUACCACAUGAUCAAGAGCCAAUCGAUUAUCAAGCUGUAUAUAUUCUAUAACAUGCUGGAAGUCGGCGAUCGAUUGCUGUCUGCGUUCGGGCAAGAUACGAUCGAUGCCCUGUUUUGGACGGCAACCGAACCAAAGCACAGCAAGCGACAGCAUCUCGGGACCAUUCCGCAUUUCCUGUUUGCUAUCGUGUACGUCACCAUGCACAGCGUCCUGGUGAUGUUUCAAGCUACCUCGCUGAAUGUGGCCAUCAACUCGAACAACAAGGGCCUGCUGACGAUCAUGAUGUCAAACAACUUUGUUGAACUAAAGGGCAGCGUGUUUAAAAAGUUCGACAAGAACAACCUCUUCCAGCUGAGCUGCAGCGACGUGCGGGAGCGGUUCCACCUGUCCGUGCUGAUGUUGAUCGUGCUGAUACAGACGAUGAAGGAGUUCAGUUGGAAGUCGGAGCAAUUUUUCGUGAUGUUUCCGGACUGCAUGUAUGUGAUGGUUACGGAGUGUUUGGUGGAUUGGAUCAAGCACGCGUUCAUCACACGGUUCAACGAAAUCCCGUGUGAUGUGUACCGGGAGUAUACGACGAGCCUGGCGUACGAUAUGACGCAAACGCGUCAGAAGCACGCCUUCAGCGACCACUCUGAUCUAGUCGCUCGCCGGAUGGGCUUCAUACCGUUCCCACUUGGGGUCGUGCUUGUGAAGGCCCUCUACCACGCGCUGUCCUUCGAAAACGCGGGCUCCGUUGUGAUACUUUUCGUUGCCUUUCUGGUGCUCUUGUGCGCUCGCGUCCUCAAUACGAUAUGCGCCCUAGGACGGGCGUGCGAUCUCACACAGAAGCAUCAAGAUGAGAAAAACCAAAGCGGUUGCAAUCCACUCAGCUCGACGCCAGUGGCGGGCAAUGUUCGUACUGGUGGACCAGCUGGCCGAACGACUAGCGACACUGCUACGUCUCCGAUUCAUCGGUCUCUGGUCAACCAAGUGACAAACUUGACUGCAUCGUCCACCGGUUUGGCGCCAUCGACGGCUUUGCCAAACGUUUUUCAAUCGACCCCUCUCACGGCAGGAAAAUCAUCCAUCUCUAUGGGCAGUUCCGGCAGCAACAGCUCCACCGAUGUGCUGCGUAAAACGUCCGGUCUCGGUGCCACGGCUUUGUUCUCGAACAGUGACGUCGAUCUGGAUGAUGUGAAGCUGAACGACCAAGUGUUGAACAGUAACACCACCGGCAACGCGGAUUCCAGUAGCAGCCGUACGCAGAAGGAUGAGGAAGAAAACGUUGCUCGUAGCGUGCCGGAUCUGCAACAGGAAACGGGACUGGAGAAACCUCCGGGACGUCUUCAAAACGAACCAGUCGGGUCUGAAGGAGGUGAUGGAUCGCUGCAUCACCACCAUUACGUACGAACUCACAAACGUUCGGAAUCGGAACCGUCGAUUCAGCUAGAAGGUGGAGGAUAAUUUUGAACUAGCGCUAUGGGUUAGCGAUAAGAACCUUGCGGAGAACCCAUUACUCCAAGGCUUACGGAUAUAGCGGCAGUAGUAAUUUAUUUUCGGUUAAAAGCUGAAUUUUGGUUUUGCCGGUCCAUACCGGUCGUUGUGAUUGCUACCGACCUUCAUCUGUUAGAGACGUACUGCUUGACAAGGCACCAAAGGCUGAUACACUUCAUAUGCAAGUUUGUGUAGUAUAUAACUUUGUUUUCGGGCGUCUUCAAUUGUUUUAUUCCGUUUGCUACAAAU